UUUGAUGGAUUAAAGCAAAGCAGAGCAGCCCCCCCCACACACACACACACACACACACACACACACACACACACACACUCAGCCCCAUUCUGCUGGACCACCUGAUCUCCCUCUGCCAGCGCUGGCCUAUAUAAGGGUCUGUGUGACUGCUGAUCUCAGCUAGUCUGACACCCUCUCCUCUCCUCUCCUCUCCUCUCUCUCUCUCUCUCUCUCUCUCUCUCUCUCUCGCUCUCUCGCUCUCGCUUUCUCUCCUCCUGCUCAGCACUGCGCUGUAUCCCGGAGCUAUCCAGUGCUGAACCAGAUUGGCUUUCUUUCUCUCUGUCUUUUUUUUUCCUGAGCGAGAGGGAGGGAGCGCGUGUGUGCGUGUGUGUGCGUGUGUGUGUGUGAGGGAAGCACACGCAACAGCAGCGUCAGCAGCGUCAGCCUCAGUCCCUCUCCAUCCUGCACUCUCAGUUCCAGGAGUGCUCUGGCGUGUGUGUGUGUGCGUGUGCAUGUAUGUGUGUGUUUUAUUUCUGCGUCUGAAGUUCGACACACGGAUUAACCCCAAGCCGGUCAGCGUGGUGUUUGUUUCCACCCGGAGAGCUUUGUGUAUAUUUUUGUUUUUUUUGUAUUCCUGCGUGUGUCGUUUGCCGUCGUGUGUGUGUCCCUGCUCCCUGCUCCGUGUGUGUGCUGCGUGGCGCUGCCCAUGCUCAGUACAGGACCAGGAUGCCGCGCUCCUUUCUGGUGAAGAAGAUCAAGCUGGAUGAUUCCUCCCAGCACCACCACCAUCACCUGGACGAGCCCCUCACCUUCGCCCGCUCCAUCUCCGACUCCGUGGCCAGCCUCGGCGUCCGCCUCAGCCACAAUGGCUACAUCCAGGACUACAUCAUGCCAUCGGUGUACCAGGGGGAGAAGAAGAUGGAGCUGAAGCUGGCCUCUCCCGUGUCGGAGCCCCUCUACCCCCCGGUGAGCGGUGGGGGGGGGGAGGAGUACUGCGCUCCCGACCUGGAGCACCCCGACAGCCCCCAGUCCGGCCAGACGGCCAGCGGCUUCUACAGCGGCGAGGCGGAGGCGGAGUCUGACGCGCUGAGCGAGGGCUACACCAUGGACGCCUUCUUCAUCUCGGACGGCCGCUCGCGCCGGAGAGGCUCGGAGGGCGCCGGGGGCUGCGGGGGGGCCGGCGCGGGGGCGCGGGGGGCGGCGGAGGACGAGGAAGAGGCCGAGGAGGACAAGGAGAUGCCCCCCGGGGCGCCGGGCGCCAGGCACAGCUGCAGCGAGUGUGGCAAGACGUACGCCACGUCGUCCAACCUGAGCCGGCACAAGCAGACGCACCGCAGCCUCGACAGCAAGAUGGCGCGCAAGUGCCCCACCUGCAACAAGGUGUACGUGUCCAUGCCUGCGUUGGCCAUGCACGUGCUGACCCACGACCUCAAGCACAAGUGUCACGUGUGCAGCAAGGCCUUCAGCCGGCCCUGGCUGCUGCAGGGCCACAUGCGCUCGCACACGGGGGAGAAGCCCUUCGCUUGCGCCCACUGCGGCAAGGCCUUCGCCGACCGCUCCAACCUGCGCGCACACAUGCAGACGCACUCCGCCUUCAAGCACUACCGCUGCAAGCGCUGCAAUAAGACCUUCGCCCUCAAGUCCUACCUGAACAAGCACUACGAGUCCGCCUGCUUCAAGGGCUCCGGGGACGAGGAAGACUCCGGCUCCGACGACUGAGGAAGAUGGAUGAUGGAUAGAACAUGAAAGAAGGAGAAACAGAAACAGUCUCCUCGCCCUCUCUCCCUCUCUCAUCCUCCUCUCAUCCCCUCUCCAUCCUCCUCUUCUUCCUCAUUGGAUCCUACGAGACUGGACCCGCCCUCCCUCCUCUUCAUCUUCUUCCUCAUUGGAUCCUACGAGACUGGACCCGCCCUCCUUCCUCUUCCUCUUCUUCCUCAUUGGAUCCUACGAGACUGGACCCGCCCUCCCUCCUCUUCCUCCUCUUCCUCCUCUUCCUCUUCCUCCUGUUUUGCACCCAUCCUGCCUUGUCUUCCUGCCCUGUUUUUAGAAAGCAAUAUUUUCACUGAGAUUCUUCAAGGGAAACAUAGUGACAAUAAUGAUGAGACAAUAAGACAAAAGAUGCUGGAUUUUUCUUCAGUACAACUGCUAAUCGUCCACAGAUAGACACACAGACACACACACACACACACACACACACACACACACACAC